AUGGCAUUCGCACCUGUGGACAAUCUGCCCCUCAAGCGUGAGGACAAGAAACGAGUCGCAUAUUUUUACGACUCCGACGUUGGCAACUAUGCCUACGUGUCGGGCCAUCCCAUGAAGCCUCACCGCAUACGACUUGCGCACUCGCUGGUGAUGAACUAUGGCCUGUACAAGAAGAUGGAAAUCUACCGCGCAAAGCCUGCAUCGAAAUAUGAGAUGACACAGUUUCACACCGACGAAUACAUUGACUUCCUUGCAAAGGUCACUCCCGAUAACAUGGACUCAUACCAGAAAGAGCAGCAAAAAUACAAUGUCGGCGAUGAUUGUCCUGUCUUUGACGGUCUCUUCGAGUUCUGCGGGAUCAGCGCAGGUGGUUCGAUGGAAGGCGCUGCCAGAUUGAAUCGUCAAAAAGCAGACAUUGCCAUAAAUUGGGCUGGUGGAUUACAUCACGCGAAGAAAUCAGAAGCAAGCGGAUUUUGCUACGUCAAUGACAUCGUUCUCGGGAUCAUCGAGCUUCUCAGAUUCCACAAAAGAGUCCUAUAUAUCGACAUCGAUGUGCACCACGGUGACGGCGUGGAAGAAGCGUUCUACACCACUGACAGAGUCAUGACUGUAUCCUUCCACAAAUAUGGCGAAUAUUUCCCGGGGACCGGCGAGCUGAGAGAUAUUGGAGUUGGCUCUGGCAAAUACUACGCGGUCAAUUUCCCUCUUCGGGAUGGCAUCGACGAUUCAUCCUACAAGGGCAUUUUUGAACCGGUUAUUCGAGCUACUAUGGAGUACUAUCAACCCUCCGCUGUUGUCCUGCAGUGUGGAGGCGAUUCUCUCUCUGGUGAUCGACUGGGUUGUUUCAACCUCAGCAUGAGAGGACAUGCCAACUGCGUCAGAUUUGUCAAAUCUUUCAAUCUCCCUACCCUCAUUCUGGGUGGCGGCGGUUACACCAUGCGAAAUGUCGCAAGAACGUGGGCAUUCGAAACUGGGUGCCUUGUGGGUGAUUUCAUGCAACCAAAUCUUCCAUACAACGACUACUAUGAGUACUACGCUCCUGACUACGAGCUGGAUGUCCGCCCCUCAAACAUGGAAAACGCAAACUCGAGAGAGUAUCUCGAGAAAAUCCUCAGCCAAGUGCUGGAAAAUAUGAAAAGGACCGCUCAUGCGCCUUCAGUGCAAAUGACAGACGUACCUAGAGAUUCCCUGGGAAUGAACGACGAAGACGAGGCUGCCAUCGAUGAUCUUGACGAGGACCAGAACCCAGAUACACGCAUCACUCAACGCAAGGCAGACAAGUACGUUCAGAAGAACGGUGAACUUUCCGAGAGUGAGGAUGAAGAAAUGGAGGAAUUGAAUGGACACCCAUCAGCCAGCCGAAAACGGCGCAUCAUGCAGAAUUUCCGACAUAUCAUGGAUGUAGGUGGCAAUGACUCUGGUGUAGAAACCCGAAGUGGGACAGGAACACCGCAACAAGCGUCAAGUCUGCCUGAUGAGGCGGCAGAUGAGAUGAAUGUGGACGACGAUCUGGACGAUAAGGUCGACCAGCAGACACCAAGCCCUGCUAAUGGUGAACAGCGGUUAAAUGAUUCUGCUGGCGCUUCCGGUCUGCAGUCUCCCGACCAUCGCGUACCAGCCGAAAAUGCAGAUGGUGAUGUUGAGAUGGGAGAUGCAGAGGCGCCAGAUGGAGAUGCUGCACCCGCGGACGAGACCGAAGCCGUUCGACCCACUGAAGAAGACUCGUCGAUAAUUAUCCAGCAGCAACGGACGCCACCGGAUUCACCACCUACACCGGAUGCUGAAGAACACUCACCAAAUGUUCCUAAUGCGACGGUUUCAGAUACGGCGAUGGCCGAUACCGAAGAAGGCAAGUCGGUCACCCCUCCGACUACCUCAACGGCUCCCGCAAAUUCCGAUGCCACUGGCACAGCUGAUCCAGAAGCUGCUAUCAAACAGGAAAAUAUCGGUGACGAUGAAGUUGCGAAGACACAAGAAGGGCGCGUGGAAAGGGAGUCAGCGAAUGUGGAAGGGGAAGCUCGCACAGAAGCAUUGGCAAAAGUGGGAAUAUCCGAGGCAACCGAGGAUCAGGGUCAACGCGAAGAUGUAAAGGCAUCUCCUGAGGUUCCGGAGACCACUACAGAGACAGGAGCUGAUUCGGUACAAGUGUCUUAG